AUGUGCCAUUUCAUCUCCUUUAAUUUUUAUCUAACUUUUUUUCCACUUUCUUCUCUCACCUUAAUUGACCUCCCUCCUUGGCCUCCUUCGUCGGCCUCCAUCGACUGGUUGAUCCAGGUUAAGCAUGGGAAUGGUAACACAAAUGGUCUUAAGAACUUGGCUGAUGCUUUGAAAAAGUUGAUCGGUGAGGCUAUUAAUAGUGCCAAUACUAGCCUUACUGAACGUCAAAAUCACCUUAAUUGUCUCGGACAUCACUCCUUUGAUAACACUCCUAAGUCCCACUGUCAGUCUCUUAACGAGCAAAUUGACUCACUUAAAAACUCUGAUAAAUCCACUGGUAACUCACAAAACGACUCUAAAAUUGCCGACCUUAAAUCCCAAUUGAAAGAUCAUGUUGCCAAGUAUCACUCCCUUUCUGAGUCUGACAGGACUGCCCAGCUUAAGGACAUCCAGUCCAGGAUGGUGUCUCUUGCUGAGCUCAGUGGGAAGCUUGGCCAAUUUAUUGGCAAAAGUGAAGCUGUUACCAAAGCAAUUAAAAAUGCUAUUAACACUAUUAUUGACAGUGAUGAUGACUUCAAAAGCCUUAAAAACUCUCCGUCUUCGACUGUGCAGUCUCCCGCUGCCGUGUCUGCUGAGCCUAUAAAUGGUGGUGAGCUUAGCAAGAAAAUUAAGCAUUAUGAAGAGCUUAAAAAGCCUCUUGAAAAACGUCAAAAUGACAAAAUUUCUCCCCUCUCCUCUGAAGAUUCUCGCCUUUUAUCCUCUUAUGAGUCCAAGUUGGAUGCUCUUCAGAGGCUGAAGAGCCUUAAUGAGUCAUUGAGUUCACUUAGUAAUAAUAAUGAUAACUGUAAAAAGCUUUUAGAAAACCUCUGCACAGGCCUCGAAAAAUUUCUCGGCUACAGUAAUGGUAAUUACACCGGCUCCGGCAUCGUGUACUCUGACCUUGACAGGCUCUGCGACGGGGUGAUGUCUUUCCUCCUUGAAUGUCUUAAGGGCAGUGAACCUUUGUUAAAGCAUUAUUAUAGUGAUAUUACAAAUACUAUUAGUGACUUGGAAAGUAAAAUAGGUAAGGGCCAUGGUGUUUCAGGAUUUGCCUCUGCCAUUGGGAUUGUGCAGCGUGGGCUGCAGGGGUAUGAGAGUUCUCUAAAUAAGAAGAUUAAUGAUGUUGUAGGUGAUAAAACAGAACAUAAUGGGACGUUAAAAGCGCUGAAUGACAACAUUACAAAGAAUAUUCAUGAAGUGAAUAACUUGAAGUCUGCGUCUCUUGACGAUGUAGUUGCCGACUUGGCCAAGAGGGUAUAUGCUGGAUUGGAAGCAAAGGUAAAUAAAGUUAAGGAGGUCAUAAAACAGCUUGAUGGAACGUUGCAAGCGAAGCUGAAUAAUGAUUUUGAGAAGAUUGACAUGGAGGUGAGACACCUUAAAAAGAAUGCGCAGGGUGACAGGUGGCGUAUGGAGAAGUUGAAGGAUAAUGUAGAUAAAGUGCUUACAGAUUUGAAGAGCAGCGUGGAUAAGGAGAUCAGUCAUAGGUUUUCAGCCAUGAGAAAGACGUUGAACAGUGCCGUUUUGGAUAUUCAGGAAAAAGUUCGAGAAAUCAACAAGAAUCUGCAGCAGUACGUCAAGGAGCUGACGGAGUGGAUUGCGGCGGCGGAGAGUAUUUUGACGACAGCUUUGCAGAAGAUUGAACAGAUUUUAGAUGGUGUAAAGGAUGGGCGUGAGGGCAAUAAAGGAGCUGGUCAAAAAACUGUAAUCCAUGAGAAAGCGGACGGCAUGAAGACCAAAGCGGACAGGUUGCACGAUGCGUAUGAACAGGCUAGGGAGGACGUUGCCGCGCAGGCUUCAUUAGCUGUUGGGAAAAUUAAGGAUUUGGAAAACGUUUAUGUAAAUAAGCUGAACAGUAUGAAACAGAGUAUUGAUCAGAAGGUGCAGGACGCGACGAGUGCCCUUAGCGGGUUGAGUAGUAAAGUGACUGAGGGGUUGGAGCAGUUGAGAACGGGGCAUGUUAAUACGGCGAUACAGAAAAUGGUUCAGAGGCUUCAGCAGGGCAUUGAGAGGGCUGGAGGAAGAGAUGCUUUCAACGCAGCCGUUGUCAUUCAGAAUUUUUAUGAAGGUCUGGAAAGUAGAGAGGAGGCCCCAAAGUUGCACGCAUGGUCGGAACAGGCGAUGCGUUCCGGCAGCCUUUUUAAUACCAUGAAAAAUUUUGAUAGCAUUCCGCGUGCAUUCUAUACUCUUAAAGAUGUUCUAAAUCAGCUUAGUAAGCCCCAAAAUAACAAUGGCACCUUUUUCUCCGUCCUCACCGAAGACCUUCAGAAGAAAGUUGAAGAUGCUAUAAAUAAAGUCAAGAAGUCCGACUUCCAAAAUGUCUUCUCCAUAUUCCAUAGAGAGAUAACACAGGGCGGCGGUGAUACAACAGUCCACGGAAAAAUUGAAAAGAUUAAGGAUCAAUUCAAGGAUCAAUUUGAGGGUGAUCCGGGUCAACCUAAAAUCAAAGAUGAGAGUAUGCCGCAACUUUCUGUGCAAAAAGAAGCUCUUUCAACUGAGAUCAACAAAACUCAUAAUGAGGCUUUCCAGGCAGCCGACGGAAUGAUCUCAGGAGAUAACAUUCAGAAAGGCUUAACGUUCCGAGACUUACUCAGCGAUAUCACCGGCGAGCUCACAAGGAUCGCUGGGAUAGUUGACAAUAAUGCCGACGGUGACAAACAAGGCCUCAAGCAAAUUUUGGAAGACCUAAAAACAAGCAAAAUUAAGGGUAAUAGUAAGAAGGAACAGCUCACCAAAAUUAAACAACAACUUUCUGAUCUCCAAAAAACUCAAGUCACCCAACUAGAUGCCGCCGUCACCACGCUGCUUUCCAAAACACUCCCAGACGCCUUUCGGGAUUGCAAGGAAGCCAUUAAGAAUCAUCUCGGUGCCGAAGUUAGUAAAGCCAAAAAGGCUAUCAAAAGUGACGCCUUAAAUAGGUACGUUACGUCGAAAAUUUUAGACCUUGAAGCUCUACAUAAGUUUGUUGAUGAAAAGCAUGAUGCCAUCAGGGAGACUAUAUCUAUAGACCUAACCACUGGAAUAAAAGGGAUGCUGGGGAUGAUGAAAUAUUGGUUGAAUAAAUCUACUAUUUCAACAAUUUCAACACACACAUUAUCUCAAGCGACGCAAAUGUUUAAGACAUUCUAUGAUGGACUUUGGACUUACAUCGCCGGUCAAAUCAACAAGCAUCCAUCCAAAGACAACGCCAUGCAGGUCAACACAGAACUCACUGCUCUCCUCGCCAAAAUCAUAUCCGAAAACCAUUUCAGUCGUGAGGUCUCCGAUUUAAUCAAGAUUGCAUCCACUACCACCGAGACAUUCGCACCCUCGAAGUUCACGGACGACGCCAAUCCUCUGCUCCAGGUUUUGAAGGAGGGUGUUUUGAGAUUUACUACUGAAGUUAACAGGGCAUACGUCUCUGCUUAUUCCGGCAUACACUUUGAAGGUGUUUGGUGGACAACUGAACAGGUUGAAGAUCCUGUUUCAAAAGACCCCAAACCUGUUGACAAGUUAAGCACCGAGGGCUGCAACUGCGCCAAGGUCUGCCUGACCAUACUGGAGAGAGUGUAUUAUGAUUUGCAUACAUUGUGGGCGAAGUGUGAUAUUAACAAAUCCGAUUGGAGAGAUAAUUAUAUCCACUCGGGUCUGCUUGAUAAACCAACGCUAAAAAAUGGAAAAGUGGUAAAAACAGAAAAAGUAAGAAAUCCACUCGGAACAUUCUUCGCCGAACGGGGCUACAUAGUUGCCACCGAUAAGGAUAAGCAUGAUGGCGAAUUAAGGAAUAAAACGGAGUGCAAGGGUGAAGAAAUUUAUAAGAAGCUUAUCACUGAAGUUCGCGGAGCGAAGAACAUUUCGAUCCUCGCUGAAUGGAAGAAUAGUAAUGACAAAAACAAAUUUCCUAGUAGUGGGUCAAAUAAUGCCCACAUCUCUCUCUACGACAUUGCCCAUUUCCUUCGCGACUAUUUUCGAAAGUACUAUAAAGUCUGCCAACAUAAGCGUAUCGACAAGCCCAAAGCACCAUCCAAUAUAUAUCAAAUGCUUUGCUGGCUCUCUGGGCUCCGAUUCAAUCCGAUGUAUAGCAAACUCGGUGAGCACUUUAAGGAACUGUUCGACAAGCCUGAACAAAAGAAAGAAAUGUCGUACAAAGAAUUGUCCGAUACGGAACUGAAACUCGUCGGCACUGCCACAAUUACACCUAAGGAACUAAAAGAUAAGCUUGACCAGGUUUGUUUGCGCUCGCAACUUGUACUAAUCCACAUCCUCGGUCACGGCCACGCCGAAGGGCGUUACGCCUGUGACUUCCGCACAAACAUAGACAAAUUAUCCUACCCCUCUAACCCAUCUGCGUGCUUCGACAUGCUUUUAGAUAUAUUGAAUAGGGUGUUCUAUCAAUCAUACUUCCUGUAUAGCCAGUGUCGCAACAGCCCUGGUAGUAGCGGUUGGGCCGACUGCCAUUACGGCAGGCACGUAGGCGGUUCAUCAUGGAACUGCAAUGAGUUCCAAUGUCCCAAGCAGGACUGUGAACAUAAGCACAACCAAACAUGUAACAAAAGUGGUGACCAAAAGGCCGACCAACACUACAUGUGCGGACUGAAAUCCCCGCUUCAGUCUUUCCUCGAGGACGGGCUCCAAGGUUUUCUUCCUCAUACAUUUAUCUCACCCGGCUGCAAACUCACGUGCUCUGUGACUAAGCACUCUGGUAUACCAUGCCUAACACCGAUGGGUUUCACGGAAAUCGGUAUUGUAGCCUCCCAUACAAAGAACGGCACAUAUCUGAAGAACGCACUUUACGAAUUCUGCAAUCCAGGGUCUCACCUGAAUCAGCUAUGUAGUUAUUUGCAAUGUCUACUACGUCGACCGCCUCAGACUCUUUGUGAUAUGCUAGCGUUCUACUGUCAGUUCCUUAAGAACUGGAAUAAGGGCGAACAUAAAAAGACGGCAUUUGACAAGGCCGUUAUAAAGGCCAAUUUCUGGAAUGAGGAAACAACGCUGAACGUUGUAUCUAUACAAGGCAGUAAAACCCACUCCGACAAACACGACAAGGGAGACCUCUUCAGUCUCACAGAUUGUUAUCAUAACACGCAUUCGGGCCUACCAUGUGGCAAAUAUUUGCAACCCCUCACUCUUGAUGUUUAUGACAUAUAUUCAAAAUAUAAUUCCAGCCGAUAUCUUUCCUGGGUGGUGUACACUACCGAGACAUUCCUUGGGUUGCUCUACGAUUUGUACGAGUCUUGCAAAAAGUGCGAGAAACCAGGCACCAGAUGCAGUGAUAAAAGCUGUGUUAAAACGUGUAAGGUAAAAUACACUAAUGAAAAUGGAAAUGCCGUAACUCCAAAGGAUGACACAAAACAUCAAGAUGGAUGCCAUUCCAUCGUCAAAUGUCCGGAUAUGCAUCCAACGCUGUAUAAGUAUGGAUUCACCUUUGGUAGUCCACAUAAACUAAGCGGACAAGAUAAGGAUACGAAGCUGAAAAGAACAUGCAAAGAUUUCUGCCACGCAUUGAAAAGAGUAAUAGGUAAAACUUGCGUUCUUGUUGAUCUUAUCCAUGAUAUAGACAAACUCAUUUGGGGAAUACGAGAGAAAUUCUCCUACCUCUUACUCACCCUCUGGUCGCUUUCGCUCCUGUACCUGCUGCACGUCACCGUCGUCCGUCUCGACGUCCUGAGGAUACGCUCCCACCUGCGGUCACCCUCAAGCCACCGCAUCGCCGCACAGUCCCUCCUCGCCGCCGCACGCGUCAAGGCACUCGCCAACGAUGCCAGGGAUAAGGCUUUGAAGGAUAUUAAGGAGCGGACAAAGAAUCUUGAAGGUCUUGCAAAAAAGUUGAAAGAAUUUAUUGGUGAAAACAAUUCUGAUAAUCCUUCAAAAGUUAUUUUAGAAAAUCUCACUGAAGGUUUAGAAAAGUUUGUUGGUUACAAUAAAGCGUCAAAAGGCUACGAUGGCACUGGCAUCGUGUACUCGGACCUUGACAGGCUCUGCGACGGGGUGAUGUCUUUCCUUCAUGGCGUUCUUGGCGCUGUAAAUGACAAUCCAAAUUUGUCUAAAUACAAUAGUGUUUUGCCUGGUGUCCUUGAUAAAAUUACUGACGCUCUCUAUAAUAGAGAAAAGCAUUUUGAUAGUAGCAUUCGCCAAGUGAGCGAUGGGAUUAGGCAGUGGGUGAGGGGGGUGGAUGAAAGGAAUAAAGGAGUGAUGAGGCCGUUGGAGAGUCUUCAAUUAAGAAUAAAUGGGCACAUGGAUGUUGAUAUGCAUGAUAAUUAUAUCACCGAUCAGUUGUCUACGUGGCAGGGAUUUGCUGGCGAUUACCUUCAGGAGGCAGAGAGGUCUGAAGAAGCAUUGAGUAGAAUUGACGAUAGGCUUAAAGAACAGUUGUUGGCUAAAAUAGAGUUAAUUAAAUCCGUUGCGCAAAAUUUUUGGAAUUCUGUAAAUGAUCCCACCGUCGAUGUAUCUGUUAAGUCGUUGAAGGAGAAGUUCACCGAAAUUCCUCAAAACCUUAAUAAGGAAAUUGGGGCGAAAAUCACAGCAGUGCAGAGCACGUUAAAUGAGAAGUUUGAAGGUAUCCGUGUAAAGAUUGAACACAUUAGACAGACGAAGGAGAGACAUAUUAAGUAUAUUAAGAAUGCCGUGGAAGCGGCGCAGACGUUGGCGCAGAAUUUGCUGAGUGACGAGAAGCCGGAGGGAUUCAAAAAGGGUUUCAAGGAGAAAAUAUCUGAGAAGUUCACUGCAAUAAAAACAAAAAUAGAGACGUUAACUGACAAAAACAGUGUGCUCAUGUUGAACUUCUUGAAAGCGGAUGAAUAUGUCAAAGGCCUGGAAGACAAAGUGCGGCAUGGGUUGCAGGAGUUAUUGAAAUCCAUUGAAAGUAUUGCCACAACUGUGAACGAUUUGCAAAGUGGUCUUGUUAAAAAUGAGUUGGAGCAGCUUGGAACGGCUAAAGGUAUGCUGGAUAGAAUUGCGGGUCCUCAGGAGUUACAUCUCACGGCUGGGGAUAAUCUCGAAAAAAUGUUCAAGAGCGUGAUUCAAAAGGAGCUUAGCAAUUUGGUCACUGGAGUUGAUCAACAGAUCAAGGCGCUUUGCAGAACUGUCGGUAAUACAAGUGGAACAAAAAUUAAGGAUUUUGUAUCGCAUGUAAAGGAAAAGGUCAACAAAAUUCUGAACGGUGAUCCAAGAACGGAUAAAGGUUUGCAGGGGAUUGAGACGGCGGUGAGGGAGUAUGCGCAGGGGUUUACUGCGGGCGCACAAGGAUUUGAGAGGACUUUGGAGACUUGGGUUACGGAGAUAUUGAAAAGUGAAAUGGGGAAGAACAGCAGCGUGUUUAAUGCUAAAAUUAAGUUGUAUGUCAUGGACAAUAAUAAUGGUAGGAGUGGCGAUAAGUUCAAUUCGGAAAUUAUAGACAUCAGCGAAAAUAAAAUUCUGGAUGCAGGAAUACCGAAGAUUGCAGGUAUUAUUCAGAAACAUAUUAUGGAGCAGCUUCGCAGCGAGCUUACGUCAGCUCAGGGGAAGAUUACAGCAGAGGAUGCGAAGCUUGAUCAAAACGUUGGUGCUGUAAAAGAAAUUUGCACAACGUUUGUUAAUGCGCUUGAAGGGAAGAUUGUGAGUGCAAACAUAACGGCCACUGAGGUAGCCGGUAAGAUUGAGACGGAAUCCGAUGGCAUUCGUACCAAGAAAAAUAAGACUGGCGAUUCAAGGCUUACCGACGCUGUUCAACAUAUCCUCAACGAGCUCACUGCCAAGGCCAGAAAAGCCGCCACAGAGCUCGAAUGGCUCGCCAAAGCGGAGACAGUCGGGACCGAAGAUAAAUCCUCCAUCGCGGCGGAGAUCGACGCGGCUAAGGGGGUGGCUACUGAGCUUGAUACUAAGCUUGGACAGGCGGUUACUUCUUUUUCCGUCAUAACCGGGUUUGCCGGCAAUGUUGACUCGGCGAUGACGAAAGUGAGGAACAAGGUUGUGGAGCUUCCCGGCAUCUUUAAUUCCCAGGUCAAACAGCCACUUGAUACUGCCGUCAAGCAUCUAUACGAUAUCGCCGAAAAUCAGAUCAAGAAUGCAGCAGAGAAAGCGAUCGAGGAGGCAGUUGCGGCAUUCAAAAUGGAGAGUGGCAAUACCAACAAAAUUGACGUGCCAACAAUGAUGACGCAAUUUGAGGCGUCCAGAAAGGAACUGAAUACUGCGGUUGAUAAUAUUCAGGCACAGAUCAUGGAACUUCAGAAACUCCCCGGUACAGUUGAUAGCCACAGCGCAGCGGCCGGUCAGACAAUGGAGAAUUUGAAACAUAAAAUAAAAGAGAUCUCAGAUAAAAUUACCGCCAGCCUAACUCCCAUCGACAAUGCGAACAGAGCUUUUGACACUGCCAUUUUACAGCUGCAAUCAGCUCUAGAAGGGGCGCGGGGAUUUGCAAGUGUCGCCCUGCCCGGUCUCCAACGCAGCCUGCAGAGAGAGGUGAACGGAGCAUUCAGUGACAUGGAAGAAUACGUUCAAGGGAUGUUCAACGCGCAGAGGAAAGCUGAUUUCCAAUCUAUGCAAGCGUGCUUUGUAGCCCAAAUUCCACAAAUUCAGCACAUCGUCGACACCGACACCAAUACCGGCCUGAAAGGUCUCAUGAAAAGGCUGAACGAAACGUUUGACCAACAUAACCUGCAUCCAUCUAAUACAAAGUUGCAUCUGUUUGGAGAAAAAGUCGAAGCCUUUUUAACAAAAUUCCUAGAAGAUGUUUCAUGGCAAGAAGACGUGAGUUCUCAUCGUGACCGUAUGACCCCCCUCACCUCCGCCCUGCUCCAAGUCCUCUCCACAAUGAACACCAAAGGACACUUCCACCAGGAAGUCUCCGACAAAAUCGACGCGCUCGGAAAGCAACUGCACAUCUUCACCCCCAAGGAAUUCGCCGACGCCUCUCCCCUGCUCAACGUCAUAAAGCGCGGCGUCACUCAGCUCCACGAGCAGCUACGCAAGCAGUACGUCAGCAGGUACUCGGGGGAGACGUUCGGUGGUCAACUUGUGGAGACUAAGAGGGACGCUGAUGGAAAGCCAACUGCCAAAAUAACAGAGUAUGGCACUAAGUGUGCUAAGUUAUGCUUAACCAUCUUACCCUCUGUAUAUGACCAUUUGACCAAGUUGAAGGAAGACUGUGAACACCCUUGGAAGCAUAACAAAAUGUGUCUCGUUUCCAAACCUAAUAUACACAAUCACCUGGGACAUUUCCUGCAAAAGUGCGGUUAUGAAGUUACCAAAAAAGAAGAUUCCCAUGACGGUGAAUUGAAAUUCCCUUCCACCGGGUGCAACGGUAAGAAGAUUCACGAGAAACUUAACGAGCCGAUUUCAGAAGCCAACCUAACAAAACACCUUACAACUUGUAGACCAAAUAAAAAACGAACAGACUUUAAGGUAACAGACAUUCUUAAAUGUAUUCACAGUCACAUUGAUGCGUACUACAAACUUGGCCACCUACUCAAUUCAUCAUCCAAGAGACAUCCGUGUUCUGUGUAUGAGAAACUUAUAUGGUUGUGUGGACUGCCGUGCAAUUCUGUGUUUUUACCUAUGUUAGAUGAAACCAUAAGUGAUCUGUUUUCUGAUCCACGUAAACAGACAACACACGACGGUAUAACUCUCACAGUUAUAGACUCCGAAUCACUGCCAGCGUAUCCACAGCCGAUGGAAUAUGAUGAUGCACGAAAAGCGGUGACAUAUGUCUGCUCAACUUCAUAUGACAUUUUGACUGGCAUAGUUGGCACAGGCGAUGCCAAUACCAUGUACGGCGUCGACUUCUAUGACAACUCCCUGAAAUUACACUAUCCUCAAAAAGGGGAAGACUGUUUGAAUAUGCUGCUAGAUGUCUUACGUAGACUCUUCCAGCCACUUAAAUACCUAUAUUUGCGGUGCGGAUUAAGCGCUGAGCACAACGGCUGGCGUGACUGCCCCUACGGAAAAGACGUGCCUACCGCCAAAUCACAUUGUGAGAGGCAGUCAACUGUCGAAGCAACGGGCCAAGCAAAGUGCCGACCUACGUGCCAGGCAAAGUGCGAACCAAAUUGCCAACCAACUUCACCAUUAAUGUCUUACUUAAAUGACUGUCUGCCUGGUCACUUACCUCACCACCUAAGCAGCGUUGGAUGUAAAUCCGUAUGCAGCACCUGCCCUACUACCUCCAGGCUGGGAAUGCCCUGUCUCACUCCGCUUGGCUUCAGAGGUUUCUGUGGGUCUACGAAGAGGGGUUCAGACAUGUGGGAACUGCUUGACGGAAUGUUCGCCGAUGAAUAUAUCCCUUCCCUUUUCUGCCUUGUUGUCAAACCGCCAUCCACACUACCGGAACAUUUCCAGUUUGCAUUGACCUUAGUUGAUAUGUUGAAUAAUGGCAACAAAUCCGGUACGAAUCCAGUCGCGACGGCUUUUGAGACCACAACCAAGGAGCUGUCCAUUGAGCUGUGUAAAGAUUAUAACAAAUUCACAAGUGCUUUUACCAAUGCGUAUAACAGCCACGACAUCUCCAACCAUCGCAAAUCCACAGAAGCCGAUCUGUACACCAUGUCGACUCCAUCGACAUGUAUGCGCGCUCACGCAGACAAACUUCACUGUGCUCCGUACCUUCAGUCCCUGUACAACGACACAUAUACUUUCCUCGCUGAGAAGCAUUGCCAUCUAUAUCUUUCCUGGGCUGUCUACCUGCCGUGGACGUUCUGCCAGUAUCUCAAAAGCCUACUUGAUGCCUUCUCCAACAUAUCCUGCCAGGAUUGGGGCUGCGGCAGAUGUGUUAACGGUGACAAAUGUAAAACUGGGAAGCAUGGAAUUGAAAACUGCCGGUGCCGGGGACUCGUUGAAUGCCGCGGCGUACAGAGCGCGUUAUACCAAUAUGGAUUCACGUUUGGCAAUCCGCAGAAAUUAUCGGACAGCAAGGAAAAACGAUACUGCCAUCAUUUCUACAUACAACUUUCAAACAUUGUUAAUUCGACAUAUUUCCAGAAGCUGUUCGAAGCUUGUGAUGAAUUCCUGAAAGAAAUCAGAUGGCCAUUUAUGCUAACGUUACUAGCCCUCUGGUCGCUGUCGCUCCUGUACCUGCUGCACAUCACCGUCGUCCGCCUCGACGUCCUGAGGAUACGCUCCCACCUGCGCUCGCCCCAAUCGCACCGCAUCGCCGCGCAGUCCCUCCUCGCCGCCGCACGCGUCAGGGCACUCGCCAACGUCAAGUACUUCUCACCAUAA